AUGACGGACAAAGAUGAUUUCAGCGCUGCGUUGAAUCCAGCGGCGCCAGACGGAGCCACGAUCCUUGCAAACGAGAGAGCAAGGUCAUCAAUUCCAGUCGAGAAGUUCUCACGAUAUCUUCUGACCUCUAAGUACAUCGAGCAACAAAAUCGCAUUCUCAAGGCCAACCUCGCUCGUCCUGACCUCUAUAAGCUGGCGUUAGCCAGGGCGAAGUGGAUCCGCCAGCUCAAGGACAAGGUCGGAUGGAACGAUGACGAAUAUCAGAUGGCAGCAACCCUAUGCGAUGAUGUUCUCCCAUACUACCUCCACACGGCUAUUUUCAUAGCAACGGUGUUACAGCAGGGGAGCGCAGCGCAGAAGGUUUACUGGAUGCCCAAACUUGAGGCAUGGGAGGUUAUUGGGGCUUAUGCGCAGACUGAGCUGGGGCAUGGAAGUAAUGUUCGGGGCCUUGAAUUGGAGGCUAGAUGGGAUCCGAGGACAAAGGAGUUUGUGCUUCACAGCCCGCAUUUGACUGCGAGUAAGUGGUGGAACGGCACAAUGGGCCGCACUGCGAACUAUGUCAUUGCUGUUGCGCAGCUACUGCUGCCUGUUUCCGGAUCCGGUGCAGAGACUAAAGUAGACCCUGAGACUGGCGAGUAUACCAAGCCAAAAAAUCCAGAAGUUGUGUACGGAUCUUUGACUCACGUCCGGGCUAAACUUGUCAUGGAAGCAAGACUGGCACUCGCCCGCGCCGUGACAGUCGCCGUCAGAUAUCUAUCCAUCCGACGCCAGUUCAAGGACAAAGAUGCACUUCAAGAUACGGCCCCGGAAAUAAAUGUGCUAGAUUAUCCUACAGUCCAAUUUCGAAUACUGCCUCUCCUAGCCACAACAUUUCCCCUCCACUACAGCGGAAAAGCUAUGGGGAAGCUCUACGAAAGGACCAGAACAGACAUCGAAAGGAGCGGCGAUUUCGCAGCCUUGGCUGAACUCUACAGUACAUCUUCUGGCCUGAAGAGCCUGUGCACAGAUAUCAGUGCGAACAGCAUUGAAACAUUUGAGGGAGAUAAUUACAUGAUCACCCAACAAGUGGCGCGGUAUCUGAUUAAGAAAGUGCGCGAGCUGGAAAGUUUGAGGAGAUUUCUCGCCUCGAAGGAUACGAAACUUUACCUCAGCGUGCUUACGAGUGAUGAGGAUAUUGUAGAGGCAUUUGAAUGGAGAGCAGCAUAUCUCUCUUUCAAAGCAUAUGAAAAGCGUGAGAUCCAGAAACAAACAUGGAACAGUCUCCUCAUCGACUUCUACAGACUCAGCCGCGCCCACUCCCAAUCCAUCCUCGUCAUAAAGUUCUACAACGCCAUCAAUAACGACUCCAACAACAUCCCGUCCGCACAAACCCGCUCGACCCUCCGUGAUCUCUUCCGCCUCUUCGCGCUAAGCACCAUGGAGACCGAAGCGCGCGAAUUUUACAGCUGCGGCGCCAUAUCCAACGAGCACCUCGACGCGGUCACGCCGCGUGUCUUCGAUCUAAUGCAGCGCAUACGACCGCAUGUUGUCUCCCUCGUGGACGCGUGGAUUUUUUGUUGCACAGUCUACGAAGAACUAUUCGAGUUGGCACAUCGGCAGAAUCCGUUGAAUGAGAUUAUCUUCAAUCCGGAUUAUCGGACUGAUGAGUUAGUUCUUGGUAGUGGGGAUGCUGGGCAGAUUUUAUCCAAGCUGUAG